AUUUACUCAGAGUUUAGAGUCAGCAGCGCCCUGCUCCUGGAGUCUGAUAAUAUUUUUGCUCACGUCAAUGUUGAAACUGAGUUUGAGGGAAUAAUUUCCACACUCUCAACAUCUGUCUGAACAUCAGAGUGUGUGUCAGCAGUGACUAGAAGCUGCUACAGCAAACCAUGCUGCUGUCUCCAACUCUGCUAACCCUGAGAAUAUGCAAUGCUUAACGGUGACCAUUCUACGAGGAAAGGACGGCUUUGGCUUCACGAUCUGCUCUGACUCGCCUGUUCGUAUUCAAGCAGUUGAUCCAGGUGGUCCAGCGGAUCAGGCCGGUUUGCAACAGUCCGACACUGUGUUGCAGUUAAAUGGUCAACCCGUCAAACACUGGAAGUGUGUAGAGCUUGCACAAGCUAUUAGAAAUAGUCUCAGUGAGAUCACACUGGUAGUCUGGCGUACGGGACCUUCUGUGAAGACCAAAUUCGAGGGGUUGAUCCAUCAUCCUUCUUACAAGUCUUCUAACUAUGACACUCCAGUUUCCCCGCCUAAAGCCAAGAGGGGGGACAGAACAGUACCGCUUCCGCCUCUGCCCAUACAUCACCACACCAGCCAUAGGACUGUAGUCAACGGCUCAGAGGGAGUGGGAGGUGGAGGGAGUGGAGCGGGAAUCCUGUGGGGAGAACGGAGGACUGCAGUAGAUGGCAAGACAAGCACUCAGACGCUUAGAGGGACGCGUGUGAAAGCAUCAAACGGGGACAAUUAUAUCAUCCUGUCACCUGUUAACCCUGGAAGCCAGGCAUUGGGCUCUAUCUAUGGAGACAAGCACAGGACAUUAGGUGGCCAGAUGUUCCCCACACCUCAGGCAUCUGUUCCACCCCCUCCAACUGCUAAUGCCCAGUCAGCCCCUGGACUGGCAAGCAGAACCUGUUUUCUGCGUCGCUCUGCCAACAGCAAAUCCAAUACACAGCACAGCGGAAACUACCAACAGAACUUUGCCAACUACCAGAACUGCACCAUUGUGAGGUCACACGUGCCUCAUGCCAACUAUGGUACCUACGUUAAAGUUACACCCAAAAUCCUUAUCUUCCCCAUCUUUGUGCAGCCUAUAGAUCUGUGUAGCCCAAACAGAACACUGAUGAUCUCUGAAGAAAUGAUUUUAUAUGAGAGCAAGCAUUUUUCUAUCAAGGUAACAAUCUUUAUAUACUCAGAUCUGAUGUUGGUGACCAGAGAGGAUGAACUGGGACGAUGUAAUGUCCUGCAGAACCCAUUGUACCUUAGACAGCUGCAGCUGAGGGAUGAUCACUGUGAAGAUCUGCGAUUUUACUUGAUCCACAUGACUGAGAAAUGUGAUUGUCUUCUGAGUCUGGAAGCAAAUUCCCUGGAGCAAAAAUCAAGAGUGUGUCAGUGUUUGAGCGAGAACAUCAAAAAACAGCUGCAGCUGUACGCAAGACAGACUUUCUGCCCACCUCAGCAGAUGCUCCAACCCAAGCAGGAUGAGCCAUGUGACCUCAGGGGCCGGAGAAUGACCUCUGAGGAUGACCAUUCCCUGGGCAACCUGUCCGAUGCAUCAGCCACCACUGCGAGUAGCCCUCAGUCCAGGAGUCUCACCCUGCUUGAAGAUCUCUGCACCCCUCUGGAGGAAAACAGCCACCUGGUUCCACCAACACCUCCGCCCUCCAUUGAAGGAGAAGAUGGGAAGAGCACGGAGAGCAGCAUGAAUGAGCUAUGGAGGGAGGAUGAAGGCAAAGAGAACGAGGAGGAGAGGGGGGAUACUGAGCCAAUAACUGAGGAGAAAGAAGAGCAGGAGUUCUUGCAUGCACACGCAAGAGACUGUGAAGAUGAAAAACAGCUGCUUAUUGAUGAUGACAACGCUGACACAAAUGCUCCACCUUCAUCCUCUUCCUCAUCAUUUGUCAUCCCCGAGCUGCGAUUAGAUCGGACCUUCAGUGCAGACGCUCUCUCCACCCCUGGCACAGAUGAAGAGGAUGAAGAAGAUGAAGAAGAUGAUGAGGAGGAGGAAGACAGUGAUGAUAACUACCUGGAACGCAGUGAUAGUAAACGGAGGAGCAUGGUGGAGGCCACUUCCUGUGAAAAGCACUCAGGUGGACUCAGCGUGCAGAAUUCCUUGCGCAGACGCACACACAGUGAGGGCAGUCUUCUCCAGGACCCUCGCACAACCUGCUUCACAUCUGACAAUGCCAUCGACUGCAUGGAGGCGGCCGGGACACACAAGGGCGGCUGGACACUUCCAUCACCCAAAACCCUGAAGAAAGAGCUGACUAAGAAUGGAGGGUCCAUGCACCAGCUGUGUAUGCUCUUCUCCGGAAGAAAACUGAGUGCCAGCUCUGAAUGCAGCUGCGACGUGGAUCCUGACGGGACCAAGAAGAAGCAGAAAUCCAAAAACCUGGCCAAAGACAUGAAGAACCGACUCGCUUUCCUGAGGAGGAGGAAUGAGUCUCCCGGAAGCAGCCCAGUCGGCAAGCUCGACAAAUCCAUGAAGUCUGUCAAGCCCACUCCAGAAGAGGCAAUGAAGUGGGGAGAAUCUUUGGACAAGCUGCUCAUCCACAAAUAUGGGCUGGCGGCGUUUAGAGCUUUCUUGCGCACAGAGUUCAGUGAAGAGAAUCUGGAUUUCUGGCUGACCUGUGAGGAUUACAAGAAGAUCAAAUCACAGUCCAAGAUGACAUCAAAAGCUAAGAAAAUCUUUGCGGAAUUCAUUGCCAUCCAGUCCUGUAAGGAGGUGAAUCUGGAUUCCUACACCAGGGAACAUACUAAAGAAAACUUGCAAAACAUUGAUCGCUCUUGCUUCGACCUGGCCCAGAGGAGGAUAUAUGGCCUGAUGGAGAAAGACUCGUACCCUCGAUUUCUGCGUUCAGAACUCUACAUGGACUUAGUGAAUCAAAAGAAACCCAGCACCACAUCGACAUCCUCCUCCUCCUAAGAUGACAGAGAGAGAAAGCGAGAAAGAGAGACUAUAUAAAGUAGCAUCGGAGAGGUUUCUUUCACUUAGCAUUUCAUUCUCAUCAGCCAUUCUAUCUGUUAAUGUGCUAAAAAGACAGGGAGUGGAGAAAUGCACAAGGCUUUGUUUACAAAAGGUGAAAGAUAGAGGAAUAGGUAGUGUGACCGACCUAAUGGCGCUAGACGAGUGGGGCACCACCAUGCUGAAUAAUGCUGGUUAUUCCCAUUUAAAUUUUAUUUAAUUGGUUUUCCAAGUGUACUGGAGACAAAAGAGGCGAUUAUUGCCUCUUUAACACUAAGACAGCUGGGUACUGUUAAGCAUGUUACUCUUCUUCUGCUCAAGCACUGCACCUCUCUUUGUUCUCCAUUUCAUGAUGAUUUUCCUGGACAUUUCAGAAAUGUCUUGUGCCUAUGGGGUUUGAUGUCUGGAUGGCAUGUAGAAAACAUUGAUGAUCAUGCACUUAUUGCUCAGUGGUGUUCCUGUGAACCUUCCUCCAUGUCUGUCGACUCCAUAUCACAUAAGGGGCUGCAAAAAAUGCUGGCACAUCCCUAAUUUAAUACACAUUUCAUGAGUAAGUGUACAAAUGCUCUAGGGGAAUGGACCAAACUGCACCUGAAGACUGAAGAGCUUGAAAUGGACUGUCGUUGGUCUCUAAAGACUAAACUGAACAUGUUUAGCUGCGUAUGUAAAGCCAAUAAGCCAUCCAUUGUAGCUCCACAUUAAGAAUGGAAGAGACCGUAUUCUCAGGACAUUAUGACACUCAACUAUGAAGCUUCCAGACCUACUUAACCUUCUAUUUCUACACUUAAAUUGUUGUUUUUCCAGACUUUAGGUUUAAUCAUGCACUCUAUAUUUAAUAGGGCACAAGGUUCCCUAUAUUUGUUGAUAAGACGCCAUGUUUUACCAGUACAAAAAAUGUAGUUAUUUAUUUAGAGGUUUCACUGGUUGCUUUGUUCAUUGCACUCAGCUGAAUUUCCCUUUUCCACUUUGAUCCAGGUCCACAACUAUCCUGAUGUAAGUGCAAUAUGUUUAUAAUUUUUAUUUGUCGACUUAUCUCAUGGAUAAGUUUACCUUUUUUAUGAAAAAGACAAUAGAUCGAGCUCUGUAUUAAUUUUAUUGCAAGUUACAGGUAAUGUAAGAAUUACAUUAGUACACAAAUUAUUGUAACUGUGUUUCCCUGGCAGCAGGCAGCCGGGUUAAUGGAUGUAUAUAUAAUUCUUAAGAAAAAAUGGUAAAACGAUAAAAACACACAAGGUUUUGUGGUUGUGCCAUGAGGCGUUGCUGUACCUAUGUAAAUAUGUGAACCUUAAAGCUAUAAAAUGACAUGUAUUGUUAUAAAUUGGGGUGGAGCAGGUUUGGUCGUCCUCUGCCUUGGACGUACACUGCUUGUAAGUAGUUUUAUGAAAUGUAUUUUAUCAUUUUCACUGUUUACAAUUCCAACGCAUCUCCUAAGAUAGCAAGUGCUGAAGAAAAUAGAGAUUUAAAAAGCCAGUGUCAUUGCAAAACACAAAUAAAACAUUUAGAUGGUAAAAUUAGACAA